AUGACGACUUUGAGGAAACAGUAUGUUGUGGACAGACCUGUGUACUCUGAGGACAGCUUUGAUGAAAGUCAUGAGAAAAUCUACAGAAAGCACAAAACCAUCCUGGACCAUGUUAAAAAAUAUCUGACCUGUGAUGCAAAACGGGCCAAAAAUGCAGUACUUUCUCGUCUACCUGUCAUUGGCUGGAUGAGGAUGUACAGAGUUAGAGAGUGGCUGCUGGGUGAUGUGGUGUCUGGGAUCAGCACAGGAAUGGUGGCCAUCAUGCAAGGACUCGCCUUCUCUCUACUGGCUUCACUGCCUCCAAGCUAUGGCCUUUACACAGCUUUCUUCCCCGUGCUGACAUACUUUUUCCUGGGCACAUCAAGGCAUAUAUCUGUUGGCUCCUUCCCAGUCCUGAGCCUGAUGGUGGGAGCUGUAGUGACCCGUUUGGUCCCAGAGAAUGGAUCGCCAGCAAACAUCACAGACUUUGAAGGUCUAACCCAGGACCAGCAGAGAGUCCUGGUGGCCUCCUCUGUGACAUUCCUCAUGGGGAUUUUCCAGCUUGCCAUGGGUAUUCUGCAGGUGGGCUUUAUUGUUGUGUACCUGUCAGACACUCUGGUGUCUGGUUUUACCACAGCAGCUGCUGUUCAUAUCUUGGUGUCCCAGCUCAAGUUUGUGCUGGGGUUGCCAGUUCCAGGAAUCAGCGGUCCACUCUCUAUCAUAUACACCUUGGAAAAGAUCUUUGUCCAGAUCACCUCCACCAAUAUCUGUGACCUGGUGAUGUCUGUAGUGAUUAUGGUGGUGGUAUACAUUGUAAAGGAGCUGAAUGACAAAUACAAAGCCAAACUACCUGUCCCCAUACCCAUUGAGGUUAUCGUGACGAUCAUAGCUUGUGGGGUGUCCUACGGCUUUGACUUUGAGAACAGAUAUAAUGUUGACAUUGUUGGAAAAAUGGUUAGUGGGUACGAGUCUCCCAUUCCGCCGAGCGUGGCAAUCUUCCAGGAGAGUGCUGCAGAGGCCUUCCCUAUAGCUAUAGUGGGAUUUGCUGUGGCCUUCUCUGUGGCCAAAGUCUACUCUAUCAAACAUGAUUACAACAUUGAUGGCAACCAGGAGCUGGUUGCCUUUGGGGUUAGUAAUAUGUUUGGAGCUAGCUUCAGAUCGUUUGCAGCCAGCACGGCUCUCUCCAGAACCGCCGUGCAGGAGAGCUCAGGAGGGAAAACACAGAUUGCAGGGCUGAUUUCAGCCAUGAUGGCGAUGAUUGUAACAGUGGCACUUGGCUUUCUGCUGGAACCACUUCCCAGGUCUGUUUUAGGUGCCUUGGUUAUAAUCAACUUGAAGGGGAUGCUGAUGCAAUUCAGGGAAAUCCCAUACCUGUGGAGGAGGGACAAACCAGAAUGUGUGGUGUGGGUGGGAACGUGCUUAGCGGCCAUCUUGCUUGGACUGGAUUUUGGUCUAGCAGUGGGCUUGGGGGUGGAGCUGUUUACAGUUGUCUUCCGGACUCAAUUCCCCUGCUGCUCUGUCUUGGCUAACAUACCUGGGACCGAUCUGUACAGAAAUCGUAAAGAUUACCUGCAGAUAAGUGAACCAAAAGGAGUGAAAAUCUUCAGGAUACCCUCACCAAUCUUCUUUGCCAACAUUGAGUUCUUCAGGGACAAGCUUGUAGAAGCUGUUGGGUUUAACCCUAUGAGGGUACUGCGGAAGAGGAACAAGGCCCUCAGGAAAAUCAAGAAACUGUUGGAGAGAAGGGAUCAUGGCAUUACAGAGAACGGCCUACAGGAUUUGUUCCGCCCAAACGACGACCAUCAAGUGAACUUGAAGGAGCUGGAUCUUCCAUUUCAGAUAAACUGGAACGCUGAACUUCCUUUCAAUAUCAGCGUUCCCAGAGUGGACAUCCACAGUUUGAUCCUGGAUUUCUCUGCUGUUUCGUUCCUGGACAUUUCUGCUCUGAAGGGGCUCAGAACGGCCCUCAAGGAGUUUAUCCGAGUUAAUGUGGAGGUUUACAUAGUUUCUUGUGAUGCUUACAUCCUGGAGAAAUUACAUGGCUGCAUGUUCUUUGACGAUGAGAUUCUGACCUCCAUGUUUUUCCCAACCCUACACGAUGCCAUGCUGCAUGUACUUGAGAAUCAUCAGAACAGCGGCGCGGGCUGGGUGUGUACAUGUGACAUCAGCUGA